AUGAACACGGCGGCGCUGGUGAAGCGACAGCGGCGACCGGUGACGUAUUCGCUUCCGCAGCCCGAGUACGCGAACAAGCACGUCGGUGGGGUGAACGCGGUGGACUUGGGAGGAGAGGGAUCCGAUAGCAUAUUCACCGGUGGGCGCGAUGGGACGGUUCGGAUGUGGGAUCUGUCGGCGGGGAUGCCAGCGUGCGCGCGGCGGUUUGAAGGUCACGGCGGGUGGGUGAACGACGUCGCGAGAGUGUCGAGCACACAUUUGGCGAGCGCUUCUAGCGAUCACACCGUGCGGCUGUGGGAUAUAAGUGAAGGAUCGAUGUCGUCGUCUUGCGCGGUGGCUUUGCAGGGACACACAGAUUACGUCAUGGCGUUGGCGUGCGCGUCGGAACGCUUGGAAGGAAAGUUUGCUUCGGGCGGGCUCAAUCGCGAGAUUUUCUUGUGGGACAUCGAGCGAUGUCUCGCGAUCAAUGCCGCGCCGUCGUAUCUAAGCGUGAAGAAUGAUGGAUGCGUCACCGCGCUGGGGGGCUCGAAGGAGUCCAUCUACGCUUUGGGUAUGGAUGGGACUGGAAACUUGCUCGUCUCCGGCGGUACCGAGCUCGCGCUUCGCGUGUGGGACACGCGGAGCGCUCAAAAGGAAGGCAAACUCAAGGGACACACAGACAAUGUUCGAGCAAUCGUCGUCGACACGGAUGGUAAAAAGUGCGUCACAGCGUCGAGCGAUAGAACGAUUCGUGUUUGGGACAUUGGCGAGCAGCGAUGCGUGCAGACGUUUGCGGGCAUGCACACCGGGUCAAUUUGGGCGCUCGCGUGCAACCGCGAUUUCACUCGUGUAUACUCGGGAGGUAUCGAUGCCCGGAUAUGCGUCACGUCGUUGCGUGAUAGGAAAAGUAGUUUAGUCGCGAACGAAUCGGCGGCUAUUUUAAAGCUGCGCCUAGACGAGUCAACGCGCGCGAGCGGUUUCGCCGCGCACUCGUCGGACGGCGACUUGUGGACCGCCACUGCGUCGCGGUCGAUCAAGCGCUGGCCGACGAUCAUCCCGGGCGAAGAUGGCUCAUCAGCGAACGUAGAAGACUCUCAUGGAACGCCGACGAGCACCUCGUUCUCGCUGCCGUCGAUGGAGAUUAUCGGUGUGAGCCCGAUCGUUCGUCACAGCGUGCUGAAGAACAAGAUGGAGGUGUUGACGCAAGACUCCAUGGGUGCCAUCGCGCUGUGGGACGUGUCGCGAUCGACCCCAAUACGCACGUUCGACGGCGUCACCGAUGGAUCAGACUUCGAAAUUUUACUCGAAAAUGAAAGUUUGAAUCCAGAUGUCGUCGUUCCAUCGUGGUUUACCUGCAACACUCGUAGUGGUUCGCUCGCCAUCACGCUCUCGCCAAGUUCGGCGUUCAACGCCGAGGCGUACGCGAGCGAUCUGGGUAUCGCUGACGCCGCGCCGGACGAGCGAAGAAAUUUAGGUGUCGAAAUCAUUCGACUAUUGAUGGAUGAGUGGGUAGAAAAAUUUACGUCGUCGAAACCUCCGCGAUCAACGAAACGGGCGUUCGCCGAGCCGCUCCCGAGCGAGUGUGCGGUUUCGUUCGCGCACCCCAUCGACGACAGCGGUCGCGUGUGCGUCAAGAUUCGCGAAGACUUCUCGGGCACACCCACCGAGCGUGAGUUGCUUCCCAAAUGGUUCGCCGAUCACGCCCUGAAUCAAGCGCCCGAGCCGGAAUCUCCAAAGAUCAGUUUCCGCCUCGCCCCUCGCGCAGGCUCGGGUCUCGCUGAAAUUUCCCCCGCGAGCGUCUCGGCGCCCAAGAUUCUCGGCGCUCAGAAGAUUCGCGAAUACAUCGCACAGAAGUUAGACGAAACAGAUGGCGGAACGAGCACCGAUGCCAGCGCGCUCGCGCUCUGGUGCGCCGGCCAACCCGUGCCGUCGUCGGCCACGCUCGCCGCCGCGCUCGCGCGCGUCUGGAAAAAAUCGCCCCCGAUCGAGCUCGAGUACUCCAACUAGCCGCGAUCGCAACGUUCAUCGU